AUGGACCUGAGAGCGUAUCAGCUGGAGUCAGAGACCCUGAGCCGAUGUGAGUUGCUAAGGGGCGUGGCUGUUGCCAGGCAACAAGGUGGCAUCCCUCACUGUACAGAGGAUGGCAGGUUCAGACCUGUGCAGUGCAGUGGGCGGGGUCAGGAGUGUUGGUGUGUCGACGGUGAAGGUCAGGAGGUCGUCGGGACUCGGACCAACAGCUCUGCUCCUCACUGUCCGUCUCCCUGCCAGCUGCAGUCGGUCCUGCGUUGUUCUCCUUCAGGCCUCUUUGAGUCAGUUCAGUGUGACUCCAGCAGGGGGCAGUGUUGGUGUGUGGAUCAGGACGGCAUGGAGCUCUACGGGACCCGACAGGCCGGGAGACCUCAUCGCUGUCCUGGCAGCUGCGAGGUGAGGGAGAGGCGGCUCCUCCACGGCUCCGGCUCUCCGUCUCCUCCUCAGUGUGCAGCAGACGGCAGCUUCCUCCCUGUUCAGUGUAAAUUCAUCAACGUGACCGACAGAGCAGAGCUGGACCUGCUGCACGCUUUCAACAGGUUCCCAGAAGCCUUUGAGACAUUCAGCAGCUUCAGGAAGUUUUUCCCGAUGGUUUCCUCGUACUGUUUCUGCUCAGACAGCCGAGGCCGAGAGCUGGAGAACACAGGUGUGGAGCUCCUCCUGUCCGAGGUGUACGACUCUGCGUUCUCCGGUCUUCGGUCCGGUCGCUCCUUCUCUCAGACCAACAUCUACAGAGUCCUGCAGAGGAGGAUGCUGGGAGUCCGCCUCGCCCUCACCGGACACUUCAGAUGUCCGUCUCCCUGUGAGGAGGAGCAGCGGGCGGCGACAGAGGCGUCCAGUGUUUUCGUCCCGUCCUGUGAGAGCGGAGGAGCCUUCACCUCCAGACAGUGUCAGCGGGGGGGGCAGUGCUGGUGUGUCGACCCCACGGGAAGAGAGCUUCCUGGGACACGACAGCACGGAGACUCCCUGGUCUGCAGUUCAGGUCUGGACUGUCCCUCUCAGCGUCGUCUGGCUCUGUCCCAGCUCUUCUCUGGUCCUGUUGACCCUCCUCUCCUCAGAUCCUCCUCUGGCAGAUCUUCGGCCUCCUGUCUCUCCCUCCUCCGGCCUCUCAGGGACGUCCUGCCGGCGGAGGCAGAUCCGACCUCCUUCCUGUCUCGCCUGGUCGAAGUCCUCCACGGUCUGUUCCCCUCGGUGGGCGGGGCUCUGCAGGCUCUGUCUCGCUCCUCCCCCCGUCGCCUCCAGGAGAACCUGUUCGGAGGGAAGUUCCUGAAGAACGCCGCCGCCUUUAACCUGAGCGGGGCGGUGGGAGCUCGAGGAGCUCUGGGUCUGGAGCAACUCUCCUCUCAGACGAUCAUCCUCCAGAAGAACCGGGACCUGGUCCAGUCCGUCAGCAGGGCCCUGGAGGACCCGGGCUUCCUGUCCGCCCUCCAACACACACUGACGGGGCUCAGCAGCUCACACUCCACCUCAGUGGAUCAGGUCCUGACUCCGCUGCUUCGCUCCUGCUCUGCUGAGGAGGACGAGGACGAGGCGGCCAUCUUUGUCCCCAGCUGCACGUCCAGCGGUGCUUUCCAGGAGGUCCAGUGUCAGGGGGCAGAGUGCUGGUGUGUGGAUCCUCAGGGUCUGGAGGUGGCGGGGUCGCGGACCUCCGGUCGUCGGCCUCGCUGUCCGUCCCGCUGCGAGAGGGAGCGAGCGACGGCGCUGAGGGUGAAGGGAAACAUGGCGGCCGGAGCUGAGAUCCACGUCCCCGUGUGCUCGGAGGACGGAGACUUCCUGCCGCUGCAGUGCGUCGGCUCACGCUGCUUCUGUGUCGACGCAGAGGGAAAAACAAUGACCACCGUACCAACAGGGGGCGCCAUCACCUGUCCAGAGAGACGAACACAGAAGCUCCAGGCCUCCACAGGUGGCUGCUCUCAGGUGUUGUCUGAGGUCACAGCGUUCAGAGAGCAGGUGAGGAGCGUCGUCGCUCUCUCGAACUCCUCUCACCUUCCUCUGGGAUACGGGUUCCUCCUGGCUGAAGGUCUGCGUCUGACCCCAGAGGAGCUUCAGAUCAGCCAAUCAGACGAGGAGAUGCUGCUUUCUGAUUGGCUGCUGAGCCGAUCCAACACUGCUCUGCGAUUGGCUGCGUUCUCCACCGUCCAGAUGUUCCUGCCUCCUCGGCGUCGGUCGUAUCAGCCGUUCACUCCACAGUGUGACGCUGAUGGAAACUGGCUGCACACACAGUGUUACCACAGCACAGGUCAGUGUUGGUGUGUUGAUGAAGAUGGACAGUACGUCUCUGACUCUCUGACCAGCCGCUCACUCAGCCCGCCCCAGUGUCUGACUCGCUGUCAGAGAGCUCAGGCUCACACUCUGCUCUCUGGUUGGACGAAAGGCUCUGACAUCACCACCUCACCUUACCACCCAACCUGUGAGGAGGACGGUCGUUUCUCUGUGCUGCAGACAGGAGGCGCUGCAGGCUGGUGUGUCAAUCCCUCAACUGGAGAGACCAUCCAGACGGCAACACGGAGCGCCGCAGGACAGCUGACAUGUACACACACACACACACACACACACACACACACACACACACACACACACACACACACCCCGUUUGAGUUCCAGCCACAGUGCCCUGCAGCAAGGCAGCGGCCCUCAGAGGUAACAGCAGGUCCCAGCUGGUGUGAGCUUCAGGGUCUCCAGUGUCGCCCCGACGGCUCCUUUGUCCCACUGCAGUGUGAUGUCACUUCCUGUUGGUGUGUCUCUGUGGACGGACAGGAAGUGGGCGGGACCAGGACGCCCCGACAGACGGGACGGACGCCGUCAUGUGAUCGUCCCCUCUGUCCCGACCCUGUCGUUACCCACGGUGCACUGCUCUGCCGCCCGGCCACUGAUGGUCGUCAGAACUGUGAUCUCGUGUGUCACCGUGGUUACCAGAACUCACUUCCUGUCAGCAGCUUCCUGUGUGAGACUGAGAGUCGGCGAUGGGACGGAGACAGACCGCUGAGUGCAGCCUGUCAGAUCUCUCAGCCUCUACAGUCGGUGUCGUUCUCUCAGCUCUGGUCAUUGGCGUCGUCCUGUUCUCAGAUCAGCAGUUUACAGUCGCUGUUGUUCAGCUCCAUGACCAGCAGGGGGCUCUGCUCUGCACAGCUUCCGUCGUCGCGUCGCUCCGUGUCGCUGUGCGACGACUCGUCAGUGCGUCUGCAGUGUGACGGCGACGAGUCGCUGAAGUUAACGGUGAAAUGGAGCGCCGCCCUCUCUGACCUCCCGACCUCUGACCUCCCUGACCUCCAUGACAUCAGUCUGUUCCUGAACCAGUCCAGACUCCUGGAAGGAGUUCAGGGACUUCUGGGUAAUAUCCGGUCCUCGCUCACCUCAGAGCCCAAACUGGUUUCUGUGAUGAUGCCAAGCUUCGGCUGUUCCCGUGGUUACCGCCUGGCUGGUGACGGCGACGGCUGCGUCGUUUGUCCUGCUGGGAGUUUGUCCAGAGAGGGGGCGUGUCUCCUCUGUCCUCAGGGAACCUAUCAGAAUGAAGAGGGGCGGGACUUCUGCAACAGGUGUCCCAGAGGUUCCUCACCUGCCGGAGCCUCGUCUGUCGAUCAGUGUGUGACUGAGUGUCAGAGGCGGGGUCUGCGGUGUUCAGAGCGAGGCGACUUCCUGUCAGCGCAGCCUGACUUCCUGUCCGGCAGGUGGAGGUGUGUCAGCAGUGAGGGGGCGGAGCUUGAGUGGACCAGCAGCGACAGAGCUCUGACUGAUGAGGAGUGCUCAGUCCUCAGCAGGUUUCAGGCUGUUCCUGGAUCAGAUCUGAUUGUUGGAGCUGAAGACACUGACGUCCUGCAGACGAUGACCUCUGACCUCAGAACCUGUGUCCAAGCGUGUGCAGCGGAGCCGUCCUGCCACCAUGUGGCGCUGUUCAACAGACAGACUCAGUGUGAACUGUACAGCACACACACACUGAACACACACUGCAACACCUCCCAGCAGACCAGGGGGUUUCUGGGUAAUCCUCAGGCCGAGCUCUUUGAUUGGCUGAGCUGCUCUGUGAGAGUGAGGGGCGGAGCGUCAGACCUGCUGGUCAUCAGGAAGAAAGGGGCGGAGUUUCCCUCGCAGCGGCAGCAGCAGCGCAGCUUCGUGAGGAUGAGGAUGACGAAGGUGGUCUCAGGUGUGGUCAGGACUCAGGUGUUCUCUGGGCGGACCUCUCUGUCCGACGCUCAUCGUUUCUGUCAGGACGGCUGCAGCCGCGACGCCUGCUGCCGCGGGUUCAUCCUCAACCAGAACAGCCUGAACGGAGGUUCCCUGCUCUGCGGUUGGCUGAGAGCUCCGUCGGUCCUGAUGUGCGGCGACCAGGACUGGGACGUGAUUGGACAGGGAGCGGCCAAUCGGAUCUGUGGGGCGGGGCUAACCUACAACGAGCAGCAGAGGAGCUUCGUGUUUGACUUUGGAGGACAGGAGUUCACCAUCACUGAUUCUAAUCUGCCCGACGACACCAAGAACAAGAAGGACUACCAGGCCUCCAUCGUCAGCUUCCAGGCCGUCUACCUGAACACAGGUGCAGACUCAGCAGUGGGUUCAGCUCCUUCCUGUGCAGCAGCAGAGCUCCGCCCUCCUGUGGACGACUCGGUGCAGCAGAAGUUUGAGUCCGUGUCAGACGACGACGUCCUCGUGGAUCCUCAGAGGAAACUCUCCACUCUGUCCUUCUGGCUCAACAAGAAGAACUACGACUCCCAGCAGGCACUGCUGUGGUGUCUCUCACGCUGCGAGGCGGAGCCGCUCUGCUCCGUCGUCGACCUCAGAGACGCCGUCGACCCGUCGGGUUUCUUCAGCUGCUCGUUGUUUCCCGACAGCAGAGUGUGCGGAGCGUACGACAAACCUCUGAGACGAGCCUGUCGCCUCCUGCUGGACAGAGCGCCAAACAACACCUACAGCAAGAAGAUGGAUCUGUCUGGACCAGUGAAGAGUUUCUAUCAGAGAGUUUCCUUCCAGAAGAUGGUUUCUUACUCUGUUCGCAGCCGAGUCGGUCUGAGAGAAACCACACAGCUGUCUGAGGGGUUCAUGGAGUGUGAGCGGCGUUGUGAUGAGGAUCCUUGCUGCCGUGGUAUCGGCUUCGUCAGAGACACAAAAUCACCAGGUGGUUCAGGUGUGGUGUGUCUGACUCUGAUCAGUCUCGGGGUUCAGACCUGCGGUGAAGACGACUCGACGACCUGGAGGACUCAGGACUGCAGACCGUCUGUGGUGAAGACCACACCGGACCCGUUCGGCUGGUACCAGAAACCUGUGAAUCAGUGGACGACUUCUCCUGCUCUCUGUCCUCCAUUCACCCUGACCCCCCCCCCCACCAACGUGUCUCUGGACGAGUGGCGUCUCCUUUCCGACUCGUCCGUCCUCGUCGACCCGUCUGUCUCUACGUAUGAUGUCAUCCACAUCAGCCGUGACAUCACCACCGACCGGGACAGGACCAGGGACUGGUGUCUCCAUGCCUGCCAGGAGGCGGAGUCUUGUGUCGCUGUGUCGCUCAGUGAGGCGGAGUCCGCCACCCGCUGCAUCCUCUACCCCGACACCACAGCUUGUGGACUAAGCUCCGCCCCCAGUUCCUCCAAACACACCUCCUCCUGCAGGCUGGUCAUCAGAGAGCCCGCCCCCCAGGUGUACCUGAGGAUAGAGCGGUCGCCGUCGGUUACGACUGUCUCCAUCCCGGGUCACGGGAUCCUGCGGGGCGUUGCCGUGGAAACAGCCCUGAGCUCAGACCGGAGGACGGUCGUUCAGUUUCUGGGAGUCCCGUACGCACGGCCACCAAUAGGAUCGCUCCGCUUUGAAGAGGCUCAGCCGGCUGAUUGGUCGGGAACCUGGGACGCCACCAAACCACGGCCCAGCUGUAUCCAGCCUGGUGAUGUAGAGUCUGCAGCCUCCAGCGAGGACUGUCUCUACCUGAACAUCUUCACUCCUGCUGCUCAGAGGGGGCGUGUCCCAGUCCUGGUCUUCUUCUUCAACCCUUCAGCCAAUCAGAACCCAGGACUGCUGGAUGGCUCCACCCUCGCUGCUGUGGGUAAUAUCGUCGUGGUAACGGCAAACUACCGGGUCGCAGCGCUGGGAUUCCUGAGCACAGGUGACUCUGGUCUCCGUGGUAACUACGGGCUGUCAGACCAGGAGGCGGUGCUUCGCUGGGUUCACGCCCACAUCUCCCUGGUGGGCGGAGACAACAGCAGAGUGACAGUGGGGGCGGAGCGUGGUGGUGCUGACAUCACCAGCCUUCACCUCCUCUCCUCCUCAUCGUCUCCUCCUCUGUUCCAGCGCAUGAUGCUAAUGGGCGGUUCAGUGUUUUCUCCGUCCCUGGUGCAGACUCCCUCCUCCUCCAGACGUCAGGCCGAUGAUUUGGCCAAAGAGCUUGGCUGUGUGACCUCUGACCUCGCCGCCUGCCUCAGAGCGACGCCUGUUCACACGCUCAACGCUGCUCAGACCAAGCUGUUGGCAGUCAGCGGUCCGUUCCGGUCCUGGUCUCCAGUCCGUCAGUCGGUCUCCCAGUCGUCCUUCCACAGAGUUGAUCUGCUGCUGGGAACAACAGAGCAGGACGGGCUGAUCGGCCGAGCUCGCAGGAUAAAGGACUUUGAGGCUCUUCAGGGUCGAGCUGACGGUAAAACAGCGUUUUAUGAAGCUUUGAGUCGCUCGCUGGGCGGCGAGAAAGGAAACGACCUGCUGAAGGAGGCGGCGUCCUGGUUCUACUCUCUGGAUCACAGCCCCUCACCUGCCGGAUACAACCUGUUCUCCAGAGCACUCAACAACGCCACCAGAGAUCUGUUCAUCGUCUGUCCCACUCUGCAGAUGGCUAACCACUGGGCUAACAGCAACGCUAACGUCUUCCUGUAUCACCUGCCUGCAACCAGUGCUCAGAACAGGGCUGAUGUGUUUGUUCCUCUGGACGUUCAGCUUGUGUUCGGUACUCCUCAUCAUCCAAUCAGCUCUCAGCGUUUCACCUCCUCUGAUCGACGACUCUCUCUGGCCAUGAUGACCUACGUCUCCAGCUUCGUCAGGACCGGGAACCCAAACCCAUCCCGAGCAUGGGAGGAGUCAGUUCUGCCCCGCUGGCAGCUGGUCCGGUCCUCUGAGGCCACACCCAUCUAUUUGGAGCUAAGCCCCGCCCUCCUCCACCAUCAGGGUCUGAGUCAGAGAUCCUGCUCCUUCUGGACCCACCUGGGACCCAGACUGACCAGUUCAACAGGUGAGAGGACACUGCAGAGUCCACUGUACUGCUACAUGCUGUACAUUGUAAAGUCAGAGUAUGUCAUUAAAAAAAAAAAAAGAGUUAGAAAAUGCCACAGAUCCACGUCCUUCCCUCCUGCUGCUGUCAGACUCUGGACCCAGUAGACCCAGUUGUCACAUGGACCUUAAUCCUCUGAUGAAACAGCUGCUCAUCAGUCACUCCUUCUUUCCAGUGUUAUUUCAAACUGUGCAAUAUUGGUAUUCAGUUCAAUCUGUUUUUAUGUUUAUGGUUGUGUAUGUUGUUCUAUUGUCAUUUAUUUCUUCUGCUCAUACUUUUGUGAUAUUGUCAUUUUUGUUUGGUAUUUUACUCAUACGUUUUUUUGCAUUCCCUGCUGUUGUUGUAACGAUGUGAAUUUCCCUGCAGUGGCACUAAUAAAGGAUUAUCUUGUCUUAUCUAGUUGUAACAUUAACUUCAUUAAAACGGUAACCCUAACCUCGUUAAAAUCGUAACCCUAACCCUAACCUCGUUAAAAU